AUGGCCCUGCAUGUCCCAAAAGUCCCGAAUUAUGUUUCGAUGUUGAAAGAGGGCACGAGGGUACAUAUACAUGAGCUUAUUUCCUAAAUAUAUUUGUUAGCACUUUGAAGGCCUCGAAGAAGCAGUUUUUCGCAACAUUGAGGCUUGUGUUGCCAUUGCCAAAACCACACGUUCCACCUAUGGUCCAAGUGGCCAGAACAAGAUUGUAAUUAAUCACAUAGGGAAGCAGUUUGUCACGAACGAUGCGGCAACGAUUCUUCGCGAGCUGGAAGUUCAACACCCGGCGGCCAAAAUGUUGAUCCUAGCAACGCAACAACAAGAACAGGAAGCCGGUGACGGGACGAAUAUUGUUUUUCAGCUGGCAGGUGCCCUCCUAGAUAACGCGCGCGACCUGCUUAAGAUGGCAAGAUCAAGUCCGAUAAUUAAUUCUUCCAGGGUCUUUCCGUAGCUCAGAUAAUCGAGGGUUACGAGAUGGCUUCGAAAAAAGCACUGGAGUUUCUUGAUGGUACGAUGUUUUCUGGCUCCAAUUCUUUUAGAAAUCGUCGUGAAGGAAGUCAAGAACUGCAGAGAUAAAUCUGAAGUUGCGCCUCUGAUUAAGACGUCUAUUAUGAGCAAACAAAUUGAUAUCAGUCAGUUCUUGUCCGACCUCAUUGCGUCUGCCUGCAGUAUGUUCUGUUAGCUUUCACCAUUUCUUUAGUCUCAAUUAUGCCGGAUGACGGGGACUUUAAUGUCGACAAUGUGCGCGUCCUCAAAGUCCUAGUACGUCGAUAUGCCUUCACUGCACUUCAUAUCAGUGUUUCUUAUUUUCACGGUUUUCUAAUCGCGCAUUCUGUGCGCACGCCCUGCAUUAUUUUACCACCUUCCCCUUAUCGCAUUUCCUUCGGGAUGUGUUGGCUCUUUACAGGGUUCUGGUGUUGACAGCUCUUCUCUGGUCAAAGGCAUGGUUUUCCGGAGGGAUGUCGAGGGCGAUGUUAAAGAAGUAAAUCAGUCCAAAAUUGCUAUCUAUUCGUGUCCCUUGGAAGCGCUCCAAACCGAAACAAAGGGCACUGUACUUCUCCACACGGCUGAAGAGCUGAAACAAUUCUCCGAGGGUGAGGAGAAUCAGAUGGAAAAAGUGAGCUUAGACCCUGUGAUUCGAUAGCCUCCAUUCCUUUAGGCCUAGGGGGUGUCAUUUUGUGCCCAAGAUUUGAUCGCGUUUUUAACUACCCCAUUUUCAGCUAACUUCUAAUCCGGUUUUUGGAUGCUUACCGCAUAUCACGAGUUAGAUGCCACUUGCUUUCGAGUCCUCAUUCUUUUGCUAAUCUGAAGUAUUUCGCUGCACUUUAGAGGUAGUCAUUUGCCCUAUGAAUAAAAGGAGCUGAGUUUUCCAAACACCUUAGAAUUCCUCAAAAAUUCACAUACAACGAACAGGCGUUUGAGUAUUUAGUAGAUCUCUCAAUCAGUAUCCACAGCAAUUUCCUAGAAGCCAGAGUAAAGAGAAAAACUAGCAGCUUUCCGGUCAACACGGUCGCCCUGGGCCACACCAAUGACCAAAAUAAUCUAGUGGGGGCUUAAGCGACGCGGGGAGUUCGGCUGCGAAAGGCGUCCGGAGGCAUACAUUAAAACGUACUAUACCUUUUAGACAGGAACCUGCUGCGCUGUUGAUAUUAAAGGAUCGAAAUAUACAUCCCCUGCUGUGAGGGCCAGCUAGUACUCGCAUAGUUUCAAUUAUUUUUCAGGUGUAGACGUGAAGGUCCUUGACCGCGACGGUCCGCAACUCUAGCAUUGUGGAAUUCGUACUCAGCCUCACCGGCUCUUAUCAUACAUAACUUGCACGAUUGACAUACCUGCCUGUCAUGCUUUGGAGCAUUUGCAUUUGGUUAUUUUGCGCACAUGUGGGUGACAACGUUUUAUUAGAGCCGACAAGAACAAUCUAAUCGAAUUCUGAUGUACCGCCAAAAUCUUGUCCGUUUUCUUAACCCGUGGAGACUAAUUACAUAAUUGCAUAUCUUCAAUAACUGCAUUUCACACUCCAUAGUUAGCCAAAGUGCCAUCUUAAGGUCGUUAGUGGUUCUAAUUCACGUUAUAUACUACGUCUAAGCUUAGACAGUGUUUGAUCAGCAUGUUGGACCGGCACGACUUUUGGUGUAUGUUGAUGCGCUCGCAAAUCACGCUAUCGAGCCCAUGAGUUGUGUGCACAAAGUUCCCUGGCUGUGUCCGUCCCAUGAAUAACCAUAUUGGUGUUUUUUUUUCAGUUACUCACAUCCAUCGCUAAUUCCGGAGUUAAGGUCAUCGUUUCUGGUGGCAAGAUUAGCGAACUUGCUCUACAUUACGCUAACAAACUGGGCAUCAUGUUGGUCCGCCUCGUCAGCAAAUUUGACGUGCGUCGUCUCUGCAAGUCCACUGGAGCAACUCCCCUUCCUACCCUCACAGUUCCAACGGCUGAUGAGUUGGGUUUCAUCGACCACGUCAAAAUUGAUGAAAUUGCUGACACUAAUGUUGUCGUUUUUGAACGAGGUAAAUACCCUUGUCUGCAUCAGCAGCCUGAACUGAGCUAGCUGUCCAGAGAAAAGCUUCAACCUACUGGCAAUUUGUGUCCUUUUUAGGAGGGAAGGAUGGUGUGAUGGUGACCCUCGUCCUGCGCGGUAGCACUGAUAACAUACUCGAUGAUACCGAGCGCGCCGUGGAUGAUGGCGUCAACACUUACAAAGCACUCACACGAUCGAAUAAAGUAGUCGCUGGCGCAGGUGCUUGUGAGAUUGAGCUAGCUCGCCGUCUUUUGAGUUAUGCAGACACCAUCCCGGGUUUGGAGCAGUAUGCAAUACGCGAGUUUGCCCGUUCUUUCGAAAUCAUCGUCAAGGCUCUGUCUGAGAAUGCUGGCGAAAAGGUAAGCCCUGGUCCCACCUUUCCUAAAAAUGGCGCCACAAAAGGCCCAAAAAUUUGUGGAAUUUACUCAGCUUGCACUUUGCCGUUGCCGCCACUUGCAUCAAUACAGUUGUUAUUUUGCUGACCUUUGUGCGGUUUCUGAAGUCACACAAACUUGUGUUUGUCGGACGUCUCUAAAACUCUUGUGCUGAGUAAUGCUAGUGAGUGUACAUUUGAAGACUUAGGUGGCUUAAUGCCUUGAAUUAUUCAACCUCACGAUAUGAAUUUACUUUUGGGUUUUUUGUUUUAAACAUAAAAGUAACAAUUAACUCCGAUAUCGCACUUCAGGCUACCGAAAUAAUCGCUGACCUCUACGCCAGGCAUCAAGCAGGAGAGAUAAACGCAGGUUUUGUUACGUUGCCAAAGAAGGAUCCAUCUAUAUGCGAUGCAGUGAAGGCGGAAGUUCUCGACCUCUACAACACUAAAAGAUGGGCUAUUAGGUUUGCAUCAAAUGCAGCCUGCACUGUUCUGCGUGUUGAUCAGGUAGGCAGUGUGCCACUUCGAAUUUUCAGAUUUUCGCUUAUACCAGGUGUGCAGCCCUCACAGCUUUUUAUAAUAUAUGCGCUGAGCAUGCAAUAUGAAAUUUAUUUUUACAUAUAAUCACUUUUUGAGGGAUACGGUUAUUGCGAUCGCACCCAUAAAGAUCUGAAUGUUGUUUUUGUGCAUCUGUUCAUGCACUGCCUGACCACAUAUGUCUCUACAUUGAUACAAGGCUUUUUGUCUAUACUGUGGCUACUCGAAACGUAUUUGCUGUUUGUUUUUUAGAUAAUAAUGUCAAGGCCAGCCGGCGGUCCGAAACCACGCGAUCCGCGGGCUGCUGAUGAAGACUAA